CAAUCACACCGUGGUUACUUGCUAUUUCAGCAAUUUGCGGUGUGGCAAUCCGUUGGGUAAACAUUUGAGCCGAGAAAAGAUAAGACUAUUUGCUUGGCCAAUUGCUCAUAUAUAAUUCUCUCUGUGGCACUUGGAGUAAAAUAUAAAUCUGCAAAGGUCUGGUGGAAGAUAUCCUACUCGGCUAUGUGGUGGUGUAAGAGUAGUGCGUGUUCUCUGGCACUUGUUUAUCAAGUCUUCGCAAAAAAAGUCUACGGAGGUGAAGAAGGUAUGGCGAGGCAACGUGCUGGGAUGGAUGAGCUACAUCAGGUAGACUCGGCAGCACAUACAAGUUGCCACCUUAAAGUGGCUGGUAUAGUCGCAACAAGGCGAGCUACCAAUGCCAACUCAACAGACAGAAAGCGAUCAGCCUGACACGUUUUGCAGAGAACUGGGCCUCCGCUAACGGCCGGUUCUCCUCUUCCAUGUCGGAGUCUCAGAGAUGGACGAGGAAAUAGUCUCUCUGCCGGUCCCCGACGAUCUCCUGGUGGAGAUCUUCCUCCGGCUGCCGACCCCGGCGGACAUCCUCCGCGCCUCCGCCACCUGUGUCUCCUUCCGCCGUGUCGCUGCACAUCGCUCCUUUGUUCGGCGAUUUCGUAAGCUCCAUGCCCCGCCUCUACUUGGCUUCUUUGACGACCGAGUGUUCCACCCCGCCAUCCUUCCACACCCCUCCGCGCCGGCAGCAUGUGCCUUCGCUCUUGCCGCUGACUUUUCCUUCUCAUUCCUCCCCGCCCGCACUUGCGCCUGGGUCGUCCAGGACAGCUGCGACGGCCACAUCCUCCUCAAGAGCGCCGAGACUGAUGAAGCCAUCUUCUCAGAGGUGCUGGUGUGUGACCCCUUGCAUCGGCGAUACCUCUUCGUUCCCCCAGUCCCAGAUGACAUAGCCGCUUCCGUGGAGAACCCGCUCCCAAUAAAACCCCGGUUCUGGUGCCAGACCUUCCUUGUCCCUCUUUGCGACGAUGAGGAUGCACCAGCUACGGAAGAGAUGCCGUUCAGAGUGAUCCGGCUGGUGCUCUGCAAAACUAAGUUGUUCGCCUUUGUCUUCUCUUCCAGCACUGGACAAUGGAGAGCCAUUCCUUCCCAGGGUUGCAAUAAUUUGUUUGCUGGCUUGCUAUCGUCAGGAAACACUGUGUUUCGCUUUCGCCAAUACGUGUAUGGAUCCUUUUACUGGAGGACAGGUUACGCAGAAACAAGUAUGCUGGUGCUCGACACUCGGAGGAUGGAGUUCUCGAUUGCUGAACUCCCACCUGAAGCCAAAUCUUCUUACAGUUUGGCUAUAGCCAUGGUGGAGGCAGGGAAAAGCAGGCCUGGGUUUUUUAUGCUUAAAGAUAGCGGAUCUACCCUUAGCUAUUGCAUUAUGCAAAACGAUGCUGGGAGUUUGAGCCACUGGCAGGAGGAGAAAACAAUCUCACUAGGUCGUGGGCACUACCUCAUAGGUUCAACUGAGAGGUACUUGCUCCUCUUUAGGUUGCGAAGCUCAUCCGACGGGCCAGGCUUUUACACACUGGACGUCAAAACAUUCCAUCUUGAGAAGGUGUGCGACUCUUCAACGUCUAGCUUCCUUAACCUGCACGCAUAUAGCAACUUCCCUCCAUCAUUGUUGUCAUUACCGACAAUACCACGUGGUGUUGAGAACUAGGCUGAGGAGAUGGUGAAACAGGGCUGUGCUGCAAGCUCAAGCGCUUAUUGACCACUGUCAAGAUAGUGCUGAUACAAAUUCUGAGCGUCAGGCUGAUGUUUAUAUGAUCCGAGAUGUUGUCGACAGUUGACCAAUAAGUUGGUAUGCUAUGGCCCUGUUUUUCUCUGUAAUAUGGCCAUCUAGCAGGAUAUGACAGAACCUGGAAUGUUAUCUUAGUUGCCUAGAUCCGGCACGGAUUGUUGCAUUUGUUUGUCAGAUAAGGCAGUGUGGUUAACUAUGUGAGAAAUCAAACAAGUGUGGUCUUGUUGAACCUGGAAUGGGGGGCUGGUUGGGUAUCUGUAAGGCUUUUGACUCGCAGCUAUGGUGUUCUGUUAUAAUUGUUAGAGUUAUAAAACAGCUCCUGUUAUAUCC